GGGGGCGGGAAGCCGGGCUCGGGCCCAGCCGGGCUCCGGGCGGCGGCGGCCGCGGAGCAGCAGCCUCGGCGCGACGUGGAGGGUUGGAGGCGGCGGCGAUGCACUAGGCCUCGCUCUGGGGCUGCUGCCCGGGACCCGCAGUUGAGUGGUGAUUUUAUGCAAUGGCUUCAAGCCACAGUUCUUCACCAGUGCCUCAAGGAAGCAGCAGUGAUGUUUUCUUUAAAAAAGAGGUAGACCCGACAAAACACAUUCGACCUGUGCAGUCACUGCCAGAUGUGUGUCCCAAGGAACCCACAGGUGAUUCAAAUAGUUUAUGUGUUGCCCCAUCUCUAGUUACAGAUCAACAUAGAUGGACUAUAUAUCAUUCCAAAGUAAAUCUCCCAGCAGCAUUAAAUGAUCCUAGAUUAGCAAAAAGAGAAUCUGACUUCUUCACAAAAACAUGGGGAUUGGACUUUGUGGACACUGAAGUCAUACCUUCAUUCUACCUCCCACAGAUCAGCAAGGAACAUUUUACAGUAUAUCAACAGGAAAUCUCUCAGUUUUCAUUCAUUCUCCUCCUGAGUUUGAGAGAGAAGAUUCAUGAGAGAUGCAAGAAAAUUUGUCCUCCUAAAGAUACCUUUGACAGGACUCUCUUACAUACUCAUGAUAAAUCCAGGACAGAUCUGGAGCAAGUACCUAAGAUUUUUAUGAAACCAGAUUUUGCCUUGGACGAUUCCUUAACUUUUAAUUCAGUUUUACCAUGGUCUCAUUUUAAUACUGCUGGUGGAAAAGGAAAUCGUGAUGCAGCUUCCUCAAAGUUGCUACAAGAAAAGCUGAGCCAUUAUCUGGAUAUUGUGGAAGUAAACAUUGCUCACCAGAUCUCUCUACGUUCAGAAGCAUUUUUUCAUGCAAUGACCUCUCAACACGAAUUGCAGGACUACCUCAAGAAAACUUCCCAGGCUGUAAAAAUGCUUCGAGAUAAAAUUGCACAGAUUGAUAAAGUAAUGUGUGAAGGAUCACUACACAUUUUAAGACUGGCACUUACCAGAAAUAAUUGUGUUAAAGUAUACAAUAAACUGAAAUUAAUGGCCACUGUACACCAGACUCAGCCUACAGUACAGGUGUUGUUAUCUACUUCUGAAUUUGUCGGAGCAUUGGACUUAAUAGCAACAACGCAAGAGGUUCUACAGCAGGAACUUCAGGGCAUUCACAGCUUCCGGCAUUUGGGAUCACAGCUUUGUGAAUUAGAAAAACUGAUAGAUAAAAUGAUGAUUGCAGAAUUUUCUACUUAUUCUCACAGUGACUUAAAUAGACCAUUGGAAGAUGACUGUCAAAUUUUAGAAGAGGAAAGACUAGUAUCUCUUGUAUUUGGACUUUUAAAACAAAGAAAACUUAAUUUUUUAGAAAUAUAUAGUGAAGAAAUGAUUAUUACAGCAAAGAAUAUCAUUAAACAGUGUGUGAUUAAUAAAGUUUCACAAAUAGAAGACAUAGACACAGAUGUUGUUUUGAAGCUUGCAGAUCAGAUGAGAAUGUUGAAUUUUCUUCAGUGGUUUGAUCUGCUAAAGGAUAUUUUCUCUAAGUUUACAAUUUUCCUACAGAGAGUUAAGGCAACGUUACAUAUCAUUCACAGUGUUGUUCUCUCAGUUCUUGACAAAAACCAAAGGACUAGAGAAUUGGAGGAGAUUUCGCAGCAGAAGAAUGCUGCAAAAGACAAUUCACUGGACACAGAGGUGGCUUAUUUAAUCCAUGAAGGCAUGUUUAUAAGCGAUGCAUUCAGUGAGAGUGAAUUAACACCUAUAGCAAUUGACACUACCUCUCAAAGAAAUGCAUCUCCAAAUAGUGAGCCCUGCAGCAGUGAUUCGGUAUCCGAACCAGAAUGUACUACUGAUUCUUCAUCCAGCAAAGAGCAGACAUCAUCCUCUGUUACUCCAGGAGCUGUGGAUAUUAUGGUCAAUGAAGACAUGAAAUUAACUGACUUAGAGCUGGGAAAGCUGGCAAAUAAUGUCCAGGAGUUAUUAUAUAGUGCCUCAGAUAUAUGCCAUGAUCGAGCUGUCAAAUUUCUCAUGUCAAGAGCAAAGGAUGGUUUUCUUGAGAAGCUAAAUUCCACAGAAUUCAUAACACUUUCCAGAUUAAUGGAAACAUUCAUUUUAGAAACUGAACUGAUCUGUGGAAGAAAAAGCAUGUCAUUACUUGGAGCACUUCAGAGCCAAGCUAAUAAAUUUGUAAACAGGUUUCAUGAAGAGAGAAAAACCAAGCUCAGCCUCCUCUUAGACAAUGAACGCUGGAAGCAAGCUGAUGUUCCCGCAGAAUUUCAGGAUCUUGUUGAUUCUAUAGCAGAUGGAAAGAUUGCUUUACCUGAAAAAAAAUCAGGGGCUACAGAAGAAAGGAAACCAGCUGAAGUUCUCAUUGUCGAGGGACAACAGUAUGCUGUUGUUGGAACCGUAUUGCUGUUGAUAAGAAUUAUCCUUGAAUAUUGCCAGUGUGUGGAUAAUAUCCCAUCUGUUACUACUGACAUGCUCACUCGUCUGUCAGAUUUAUUGAAGUACUUCAAUUCAAGAAGUUGCCAGUUAGUUCUUGGAGCUGGUGCACUGCAAGUUGUUGGACUAAAAACAAUAACUACAAAAAAUUUGGCUCUUUCUUCACGCUGUUUGCAAUUAAUCGUGCACUACAUUCCUGUGAUCAGGGCUCAUUUUGAAGCUCGACUGCAGCCUAAGCAGUAUAGUAUGCUUAGGCAUUUUGAUCAUAUCACUAAGGACUACCAUGACCACAUAGCUGAAAUAUCAGCUAAGCUUGUAGCGAUAAUGGAUAGCUUAUUUGACAAGCUGUUAUCUAAGUAUGAAGUGAAAGCUCCCGUUCCUUCUGCCUGUUUCAGGAAUAUUUGUAAGCAAAUGGCAAAAAUGCAUGAAGCUAUAUUUGAUCUCCUUCCAGAAGAACAAACACAAAUGUUAUUUUUAAGAAUUAAUGCAAGUUACAAACUCCACUUGAAAAAGCAAUUGUCUCACUUAAAUGUGAUAAAUGAUGGAGGACCUCAAAAUGGGAACAAAUAUAAAAAACAUCUUUUGGAGUCAGAAGUUGGCCCUACCCUUAAAAAGAAAAGAAGUACAGCUGGCCCUUGA